CACUCGGAAGUAUAGGAAUCGAGAAUCUGUUCUUGUGGAGAAUGCAUAAACUUCACACUUAUGCUACUGUCCUGUUUUAAAGCUUCCAUGAAUCCGUUUUUAAAUGUAAAACAAUAUUGGGUUAUCUCAAAAGGGCUAUCUAAAUAUAAGUUUUUAUUUAUUGUUAUUAAACUAUACCAGGAAGCUUUCCUGUCCUUUGGGGGGGCGUGGUUAUAUGGAUCACUUGGUAGGAGGCUCUUUGAAGAGAUACAAAAGCUCAGGUUCUGAAAGCAAACACGAAAGUUGAGCUGAGAAAGAAAAGAUUAGCAGCAGCUUUUUCUCUCACAAGACUGAUCAGCAAUUUGAGUUCAUGAUGCAGCUCUAUGGAGCUCUGAUCCUGAGUGUGACUCUGUCUGCAGUAUGUGGAUUAAGAUGCUACACAUGCACAGCUGCCGAUCCUAAAUCCUGCAUAGACAGCAAAGCUUGUGCUUUCGCCUUCAACCGUUGUUUCUCUCUCAAAGUAGUAGGUCUUAAUGUAGUUUCAAAGGGCUGCCAAACCAGUGCAUUAUGUGUUGGGCCUAUGUCUUGCUGUGAAGGGGACCUGUGUAACAGCGCUAUUCCAAUUGGUCCCAGUGCCAUCCUGCUGCUGGUAUCUUCAGCCAUCCUCAAAUUUCUUUUCUGAGGCUGUGGAAUGAUGUUGUUUGCACUUCAGAUUCUAUU